AUGAGUUUGAGUCCCAUCUCCAAUGAUGUCUUCAACACCAUGUCCAUUAUCAAACCUCUCGUCAAAGGAUCUUUCUUAGAAUUAUUAUUUAUUCUUUUUACAGGGAGACUAUUCAUAGCCGAUACGAACAACAGCCUAAUCCGAUAUUUGGAUUUGAACGCUAAUGAAUUUGACCUCUGUACCUUGGAGCUUAAAGGAUUUCAGCCUCCCAAACAAAAAUCAAGAUCUUUUAAACGUCUCAAGAGACGGCCAACCGCUGACAUGGUGCCAAUUAUUAAUGACCCCAUUUCAUCAGAGGAAGGAAACUUGUCUAUUAAAAUAUCUUUACCAAAUGGGUAUCAUUUCUCAAAGGAAGCUCGUAGUAGAUUCAGUGUUGAUAUUGAACCUGAAAAUGCUGUGAAUAUCAAUCCUCUAGAUGGACUCCUUAGUCCAGAAGGAUCUACAACGCUUCACUUUAAGAGAUCCUCUCACUCUGCUUCAAUCGGAAGAAUUAAUUGCAAGGUAUGCCUCAUUAAAGUAAAUAGUCCGCUCCUUCAAUGAAAAUAAGCAAAGAAGUGUAGUUAGUAAUAUUAUACAUGUUAGGGGAGGGGGAAAUGUUAGUCGCAUG